AUGUUUUCUGAUGAGAUGGCAAACUAUGUGGCCCAUGCGCAGGACACUCAGCAGCAUCACUCGUCAGAGAAGCCCCUGAUCCAGUGUUACAAAUGUGGACAGCCGUGUAAAGGAGAAGUCCUGCGUGUCCAGAACAAGCACUUCCACCUCAAGUGCUUCACAUGCAAAGUGUGCGGUUGUGAUCUGGCCCAGGGCGGCUUCUUCAUGAAGAAUGGCGAGUACUUGUGCACCCUGGACUAUCAGCGCAUGCACGGCACACGCUGCAACGGCUGCGGGGACUUUGUGGAGGGAGAGGUGGUCACAGCUCUGGGCAAAACCUACCAUCCGGCCUGCUUCGUCUGCACCGUCUGCAAACGACCGUUCCCCGCUGGAGACAGAGUGACCUUCAACGGGAAAGACUGUCUGUGUCAGUACUGCAUCGAGCCAAUGUCACCGGGACCCAAGGACGUCCUGGGCUCCAGCAACUGUGCGGGAUGCGGUCGGGACAUUAAAAACGGUCAGGCUCUUUUGGCUCUGGACCGGCAGUGGCACCUGGGCUGCUUCAAGUGCAAGGCCUGCUGUAAAGUGCUCACUGGAGAGUACAUCAGCAAGGAUGGCGCCCCCUACUGUGAGAAAGAUUAUCAGAUACAUUUUGGUGUUCGGUGCGAGGCGUGUCAUCAGUUCAUCACAGGAAAAGUACUAGAGGCAGGAGACAAACACUAUCAUCCCAGCUGUGCCAGAUGCAGUCGCUGUAACCAGAUGUUCACAGAAGGAGAAGAGAUGUAUUUACAAGGAUCCACCGUGUGGCAUCCCGGCUGCAAGAACACCACCAGAACAGAAGAGAGACAUAGAGAACGGCCUACGCGGUCGUCAUCCGAAAGUAUUUGUUCCCGACCUGGUUCAAGCAUACCUGGCUCACCGGGUCACACCAUCUAUGCAAAAGUAGACAAUGAGAUCCUUGAUUACAGAGACCUAGCUGCCAUUCCCAAAGUCAAAGCCAUUUAUGACAUUGAACGCCCCGAUCUUAUAACAUACGAACCCAUGUACACCACCUCUUUGGACGAGCAGGACGAGAGGCGGGAGAGUGUGGGAGAGCUCCACACUGCCAGGAGAGAACGUUCACCACUGCCUGAUGACAAGACCUCAAGAAACAUGUCGCCGACUCCAUCUUGUGAGGGCUCUUACGACAGACGGGAGCGCAUCUUGUUGCGGUCCACGAGUCAGGGCUCCAUCGGCUCUCCAGUCUAUAACAGACACAACUACAUCCCCACUCUGUCGCGGUCCCCACAGCACUUCCAUCGGCCCGAGGCGCUGACAGGGAUGCAGAAGCUGUGCUCGUCUCUCUGCAGUAACAGUGCGGCUGACUCCCGGCCCACUUCCCCUUUCAGACACCACUUCCUGCCCCAUAGCACAGGCUCCACUGAUCCGCCAAGUGGCCGCAGCUCUCCUCUUCCACUCAGGCCAGACAGCCGGCCGGGCACCCCGCCGCUGUCGCUGACCCCCAAACACUUUCACCUCCCAGAUCAAGGAAGCAACAUCUACAGAAAACCCCCAAUCUAUAAACAACACGGUCCAGAAGGCAGGAGGAGAUCCAGAGAGGAAGACGAGGAAGAGGCCUUGAAAAGAAAACAACUUCAAGAAGAGCAUCUAAAUAAGAUCCAGUCGGGUUUGGGGAAGCUGAUCUUGAAGGAGGAGAAGGAGAAAGAGCAGAUCCGAGUGCGGAGUCAGUCGGCUCAGCGCUGUGACGCAGAGCCUACAUCUCCAACAAAAACAAACUCACUGCCUGGAUAUGGAAGAAACGGCUUGCAUCGGCCGCAGUCGACAGAUUUCACUCAGUACAACAGCUACAGCGACAUGUGUGGAGGAGGCCGAGAGUUUCAGCACAUUAAGGACGGCCGCGCUGCUCUCAGGAUGGACAGGGGAGUAUCAAUGCCUAAUAUGUUGGAGCCAAAAGCGUACCCAUAUGAGAUGUUGAUAAUAACCAGUAGAGGGAGAGCCAAACUGCCUCGGGACGUGGACAGGACCAGACUAGAGCGCCACCUAGCUCCCGAAACUUUCUUUGACAUCUUCGGUAUGCAGAUCCAAGAGUUUGACAGGCUUCCACUGUGGAAACGCAACGACAUGAAAAAGAAGGCCAAGCUCUUCUAG